AUGGCCCGACGUCGCGAUGUUGUUCGCAAUUCAAACAAGAAACAACAAGUUGGAUCUUGGAAGAUGAUGAGUAUUAUCAUAUGUGGAAUUUUUAUUGCCUGCUUCAUUGGAAUUUUUAUGAACCUCAAGGUACCUAAACCUGAAGAAAAAAUUGUUCCACAAAAAACAAAGUCAAUUCCAACUAAAAAUUGUCACUUUGCCUCAAACAAAGGGAGAAGAGCAUAUCAAGAAGAUCGAAUAACAUGUGACCUUGAUCUUAAAAUUCCUUUUUUUGGGCACAAAGAGGUAAUUAUUGGUGUUGUAGCAGUAUUUGAUGGUCAUAUUGGAGAAUAUGCUAGUGAACUGGCCUCAAAAAAAAUUCUGGAAAAGUUUAAGUUUCACCUUAAGAAUUACCAUGGUCAUGAAUUUAUGGAAUUUUUAAAAACAUCAUUAGUAAAAACCAUUGAGGAAAUUGAUGCAGAAUUUUCCAAGAUUGCUAUCGAACAUGAACUUUAUUCAGGAUCUACUGCAGUUGUUGCUCUUAUAUAUAACAAUCAUGUUUUAGUUGCAAACGUUGGCGAUUCAAAGGCAUUUAUUUGCUCUCAACGCGAGGAAUUGGCGGGUGAUCUCGUUAAGGAAUUGACAAGAGAUCAUAACGCGCUAAGGGCGGAUGAGAGGGCUAGAAUUGAAGCGUCUGGAGGUAAAUUUAGUCGGACGAUGAAUGAUGUUCCUUUGCUCAAUGGCCAUUUUCCUAUGACUCGAGCUAUUGGUGAUGUUCCUUUGAAAAAAUAUGGAAUUAUAGCUACUCCAGAAGUGACUGAUUGGGUAAAUUUAAGUUCAAAAGAUGAGUUUUUGGUGGUGUCAUCUGAUGGAAUAUUUGAAAGUUUAAGUCCACAAAAAGUUUGUGAUUUUCUGAAUAAAGUAGAGGACUAUUCAGAUCCAUCAAUAUUGGCCAAAGACCUUAUUCUAAAAGCAUUUUUAGAAGGCAGUAGAGAUAAUUUAUCUGUUGUAUUGGUUCCCCUGAGAUCCAGUAGAUGA